UCGUGUAGUAUACCCUUUACAUCUCAUUCUAUUAUUACACAGGCAACACCUCUCUCUAUGAUCAAUGUUGCCACUAUACACCUAUCCGGGUUCUCUUUCGUUUUCCCCUCCGCUCGAAACGUAAUGGCUCCUCAUAAGUCAAUUUUAUUUUAUAACUUUUAAACAUGUGAUAUAUAAUAAUCCGAUUUAAUCGACCCUUUGACAUGGACGAAAUGUAGUGUAAUUUAUUGCAAAUUAAAACUACGAUUUUGUUGAGUAAAAGAAGCAUUUUAUUUUCGACGACAUCCUUCGCCGCAGUCCUACGCAAGGCCCUGCGCCUUCAUCCUGCACAUCAGUUUAUGUACCCAGAAGAGAGUGCUGCGAGGAUACUGAAAACAAAACCGCAGAAAGGUACGUCGGAAAUAGUGUAAUUUUUUUGAGGUUAGAAUUGCACUUCCCUCGUUUGCAUAUAACCUCACUUUUCUUCGAUUGCUCAACUAGUCACUACAAAUUAGUCCAAAAUGUCGUCAAACAGUGAAAAUAACGGGCACAUUCCAGUUGAGAAACUGGAUGGCUUGGCAAACUAUUCAAAUUGGAAAUUUGCUAUGAAGAUGCUACUAACGCUGGAUGGUCUAUGGGGCUGUGUGGAAGGUACGGACACCAAUGCGACCCACGAAAGCCGCGCUUUAGCUAAGAUAUGUUUAACGAUCAAGCCUGCACUGUACCAGUACGUGCGAGAUGCCACGUCGGCAAAGGAUGCCUGGAAGAAACUCGCCGAUGCCUUCGAGUCCAAGGGCCUAUACCGAAAAGUGCUCUUGCUACGUCAACUGCAUAAAGUAGAAUACAACCAGUACAGCAGCAUGUCGGAAUAUGUCGAGGCGGUGAUGCGGCUCGUUCAACAGCUCGAUGAUAUAGGCAAGAAGAUAGACGAUGAUGAGGUAGCGGAGAUCCUGUUGAGUGGUUUACCGCAGGAAUUUGACAACCUGGUGUCGGGUCUGGAAACCGCCUGUCUUACAAGCAAACUCACGGUGGAGCUUGUGCGUGCCAGAUUGCUACAAGAAGAACACCGGAGAAGUGCGAGUGACCAGGAGGGUGUGAAGACCUACCUAGGAAGCAAGAAGAAGAAGUCAUCGCCUAUGUUUUGCCAGUUCUGCAAGAAGAGCGGACACACUAUCAAGCGUUGCUUUAAGCGCAAGAAGGAGCUGAAGAACAAUGAAGAGAAUCACACUAUGCUUGCAUCAGCCAUGGUAUGCAGCGGCAGCAGCUGCCAUGAUUUUGUCGUGGAUUCUGGAGCGUCCCAACAUAUGGUUGCUAAUAAGGAGCUACUAGAAGAACCUAGAGAAAGAAGACACCAUCAGUGGUAGUUGCGAGCCGUGCUUGACAGGCAAGAUGGUGCGAGCACCGUAUCCUGCUGUCAGCACGAAGCGCACUACCCAACCACUUGAACUCAUCCAUUCAGAUGUGGCCGGACCGAUGCAAG